AUGGCAGAAACCACUUCUCCUUCAAAGCAAGAUGCCGAUGUCCUCGUGCUUCCCCGGGCUGAGCCGUCCAUCGAUUAUACUCCUCACUUGUGGAAGUUCAUCUCAAGCAGUCUUAUCCGAAUCCACGUUGGGUCGGAGGGCAGCGUGCAGCGUGUAUUCAAUGUCCACGAGGGAUUACUCAAAUCUCAGUCGCUCUUCUUCCGCGGCAUGUUGCGCAACAACUUUGCCGAAACAAAUGCUCGUUUGGUCAGACUUCCAGAAGACGAUGUCAAGACCUUCGCUGUGUUUCUUCAGUGGCUUUACACUGGGAAAUCUCACGAUGGAGAAAUCUCUGCUAGCAACCUUGAUGUUUCGCAGCCAGAAGUGGAAUUCACCUUGACGGACUUGCGCGCCGAUCAGCUCAAAAGCCACGAAGCACAGCUUCUCCAAACCACGAAGAAGGGACCAUCCAGCAGCGCUCGCCUGCUCUUCUCAUCCUAUAUCUUUGCAGACAAAAUCCAAGCCCCCUGGUUCAAAAACCAUAUCCAUAACCAACUCAUCGAUGCGGUAAACAGUGUCCCGUGCCCCUUGCUCACCGUAAGCGACAUUCGCUAUGUAUACAGAAAUACGCAAGAUGGCGAUGAAGAGGAUAACCUGCUUCGGCUCUGCUGUUUGGUUAUGUCGUGUGGACCGAACCUGGAUUCUCUCCUGGAGGACUCCGAGUUUUUAGAGCUUUGUUUUGAGGUCAAGCAAUUUGGGGUGCGGGUGUUGAAACGGUGCAAGACACUCAUAGCCGCGCCCGCCGCGCCCGCUGCAGCACCUAAGCUGAAAGGGCGAAGGCGCGGGGGACUUUAG